AUGGCUGUAGCUCUAUUUAUGAUGUCCUCUGCACAGAUCUACUCUGACAUUGACAUAUUAUUACUUAUUGGAAUGUCUGUCCUUCAGGUAGCACAGAGGGAGGAUGGUGAUCCUCAGAGGGAAGGAAAGGAAGUUGUUGAGGAAGAACCGGUGGCCACACCCAAAGAGGAGGCCAAGAAGGGAAGGAAGGCAAAAAGUAAGAGGAGUGGCAAGAAGUCAAGGAAGCUGGGCACUGACAACGAUGCAGUCUCCAGGAAUAAACACCUGGAUAGAGGAUCUGUAAUUGAGCUCCUGGAGAAGAAAGCUGUUCAGGCUACAUUCGGCCCAGGCAACAAGGAUGAGAUGGAAUACUCCUACCCAAUCCUCAUCUCAUUCCUGCGCAAUCUUACUGAUGAGCAGUGGCAAGUGAUCUACAAAGGACUAAAACACCCUAUGACGAAGGAACAGCUUGCCAAAUUGUGCAAGACAAUUGUAACCUUCAUCGCACAGACCACCCUGAAGAUCCUGCUGCCAGCCCUGGCCCGCGUACUUGGGGUAAAGGACUUUGCUGACGACGACACUGACUCACCCAAGAGGGGUGGCAGUGCAAGAUCCUUUGCUGCCUUUGAUCAGGAAAGACUGGAGCUCAUCCGGGAAGUUAGAUAUCUGGCGAAGAAAAUGUAUAAGGGCGGCACAGGGGCUCAACAUCUCAGGUCCCUAACACCCUCUUCUAAGAGGUAUGUUCCCCUCAAGGUUUUCAUGUAUGGAUUUCACCGAGAUCAUCUAUCCCAGUGUUAG